AUGCUGAAGCGUGUGUGUUUUCGUUGUGUGCUGCAGGAGCAAAGGCAGCUGACCCAUGAGAACGUCCAGAGGAAGCAGGCGCGCACAGGAGAGGAGCGAGACGAAGAGGAUGAAGAGCAGCCCAGCGAGAGCGAGAGUGAAGACGAAGACAAUGAGAUCAUAUACAACCCCAAAAACUUGCCGCUCGGCUGGGACGGAAAGCCGAUUCCAUACUGGCUGUACAAGCUGCACGGCCUGAACAUCAAUUACAACUGUGAGAUCUGUGGGAAUUACACGUACAGAGGACCCAAAGCCUUCCAGAGACACUUUGCAGAGUGGCGUCACGCUCAUGGCAUGCGCUGUUUGGGCAUUCCUAACACUGCCCACUUUGCCAACGUCACCCAGAUUGAGGACGCAGUGUCCCUCUGGUCAAAGCUGAAGUCACAGAAAGCAUUAGAGAGGAGGAAUAUGAAGACUCCAGCGGAAACGUGGUCAACAAGAAGACUUACGAGGAUCUGA